CUAAUAUAAAACUGAAAUACAUUGUUUCAGAAUGAAAUAUUUGAAAUAUUCUUAUUUUUGUUGAAAAGUACUUGAAAUAAAUUAGAAGGAAGAAUAUCUUCUUGUUUAACUGCAGAGUAAAAAACAGUUUGAUAACAUAUACUACUACUACUACUACUACUACUACUACUACUACUACUACUACUACUACUACAAAUAUGUUUCCUGUACAGUCAAUCUACUCAAUGGGGAAACAGUUUAAUUUCGACUUCUAUGGCAAACCUGCUUUCCCAGCAAAUGAACAUUUGAAAAGCUAUGAAAGUGUUUCCCAUAUGUCUGAUAAAUCAUUUGGUUUCGACCUUUGUUCGAAGCCACCCAAUCACAAUAAUAACUCUCUUGCCAUGAAAACUCAUGGCAAGAAAUCUAUGAACAACUCUUCUUCAGAGUCAAUGUUAACUCAUUCUGGCAACAGUGAGUUACCAACCAGGGAGGGCUGUAACCAUAUCGGUAAUAGCAAUGUUGGAAACAAACCCUUUAACUGCACUGUUUGCUGCAAGAGUUUCAGCCAGCGGGCAAAUCUCAACAAUCAUGAACGUGUGCACACUGGAGAACGGCCGUUCAGUUGCAGUUUCUGUCAAAAGUCAUUCAGCCAGAAGGCUAACUUGAAAAACCAUGAACGUGUUCACACUGGUGAAAAGCCUUUCAGGUGUCCAUUUUGUGAAAAAACCUUUAGCCAGCGAGCUAACCUAAGUAACCAUGAACGCAUUCAUACUGGCGAGAAGCCGUUUGUAUGUCAUGUGUGUCAAAAAGCAUUCAGCCAGAAGGCAAACUUGAAUAAUCAUGAACGUGUUCACAGUGGCGAGAAACCAUUUAGCUGUACCUUUUGUGGUAAGGGCUUCUCUCAACGCGCUAACCUUAUUUCUCACGAGCGAAUUCAUACAGGCGAGAAACCAUUUGUGUGUGUUGUAUGUCGGAAAGCUUUCAGUCAAAAAGCAAACUUGCAUAAUCACGAACGUAUUCACACUGGUGAGAAACCAUUUAACUGUCCAUUCUGUGGCAAAGCUUUCAGUCAAAAGGCAAACCUUGUCAACCAUGAACGCAUCCACACUGGCGAGAAACCAUAUCAUUGCGAGACAUGUCACAAAGCUUUCAGUCAAAAGGCCAAUUUACAUAACCAUCAACGUAUACACACUGGAGAGAAACCAUUUCAUUGCGAUGUGUGCCAAAAAUCUUUCAGUCAGCAAGUCAAUUUGAAUAACCAUGAGCGUAUACACACAGGGGAAAGGCCUUUCAAAUGUAAGAUAUGUGAGAAAACAUUCUCUCAAAAAGCUAAUCUGCACAAUCAUGAACGCAUUCACACUGGUGAGAAACAUGCUAGCUGUGAUUCAUGUCCAAAACUGUAUGGUCCUCAUGGGAAACAUAAGGAUCCCUGCUCCUCUCAUGGACCAGGAAAGCCAUUUGAUUGUUCAUACUGCGACAAGGAUCUGACUGCAAGGAACAGUAUGAACCCUCACCAACCCCUAUCACCAAAUGUAAAACCAUUCGUCUGUCCAUACUGUGGCAAAGGAUUUUGUGAAAAGUCUAAUUUGAAUAUCCAUGAGAAUUAUUGUCCUCAGAAAAGACUUUCUCUGAAGCAUGCCUUAAACAACAGUAGCAGCAGUACCAUGACUACCACCACCAACAACAGCAACAACAACAACAAUACCGGUGGUAGUAACAACGGUAACAACAACAGCAACAAUAACAGGAAUGGUGAGAAUUUCCAUGGGCAACAAGGCCACAACAAUGAUGCGACGCCACAUCAUACAGAUAAACAGAUGAGUUGUGAUGGAUACAAAGCGAAGAAUUACUCACCUCGAACUGGCACCAUGAAAGAUGGUGGUAAAGACACGGUGUCAGCCCAGAACCCAUCUGUUGGCAGGAGCGAUGGAGGUUCCUCCCUCAGUCAGUCACAAAUGGGAAGAAUUCCGCCAUUGAACAUACCGUCGUCCAGAAUAGGUUCUUCGUCGUGUUUCCCCCAGAUGACAGCCGGAUGGGAAAACAACUACAGCUGGUCCAGAACAUUCCCUGUGGCGCCACCACGUUGGGGCCAGAAUUGGGCAAAUGCAGCCGGUAUGCCUCCAUUGCAGGCACCGUUAACUUCUGGAAUCCGAUCACACAAGCCUCGUGAACAGAACUAGCUCCUCCAAGAAUGUAUAUACUUGUAGACAUUUUACAAACAAACACGUGAUUGAACGAACAAGGAAAGACAGACAGACAGAUAGCUAGAAAGAAACAUGACUAUGAGGUAUGGCAAUGUUCCAGCAUGGCCACUGCCGACUGGCUGGAACCAGUAUAUAAAGAGUAUUUUAUUUAUAAAGUACCUAGUUAACUCUCUCCCUUAAAAACCACCCUGAAGAACAACAACAGCAACAACAAUUAUUAUAAUAGCAGCAGCAAGGCAAAGCAGUGAUGGGAGUAGAGCACCAGACUAGAUUCUUCGCAGUAUUUAGUUUGUUGACAUUGCUUUUACACUCCUCGUGAAGAUGAGGAUGGGGGAAAGGGUAAGUGGGGAAAGAAAGGGGACGGGGGGGUUGAUAAAAGAAGAAGUACCAAUAAUAUAUAUUAUUAAUAUUAUUAUGUGAGAUGGUGGAGUGGAAGAGGUGAGUUGGGUCAUUUCAGUAUACAACAAACCACACUCUCUCUCUCUUCUCACCUCUCACAAAAGAAAAAAACGGUUUUCACUUGUGCCAAAGGCAGAAACCAAUAACAACUGUGACAACAACAACAACUACAAUAUACAUCAUUGAGACAAGUCUAAUCUUUUAUUUUGCUUUUAUUUUAUAUUUAUAUAUAAAAAAAAAACACAAAAACCCUAAUGAUUUCUUACAUAGAUGUGACAUCAGAUUUGUAAAGAGGGAGGGGGAAAAGGACUUAGGGAGACGGAGCUUAGGGACAGUGGGGAAUGGACAUGACAAGUGGUGACGUUGAUGCAUUUUCUCUUGAGAUACCAACCAUGGAAUAAUUUGUUGCAUAGAUUUAUAAGAAAACAAAAACCUACUAUUUGUUAAAUUGCUUAAGGUUCUCAAGAAAGGCUCAAAUGUCUCCGAAAUUCAUUGAAGGGAAUUUAAAUGGUGUAGAGAGAAGGAAAAUAUUUUACAAGGCAAGUCCCUUCACUUAUUAUACUGCUGACGAUGCUUUUGUUUUGAGAGAAGCAUAAAUGAAUGUCUCAUAAUUUCAUUUAAUUGUAUUAAUAUAAUGCCUAAAUUAUCAAUAUGCAAGAAAACAAAGUUUUUUUUCAGCUUACUUAAUAAGUCUGGAAUAUUUAUGAGGUAAAAAAACCCCCCCAAAAUAUAAUUUUUCAGACAUAUCAUAGUGUGGAUAGCAUUUUUGAUUAGUUUUCAUAUUGUCAGAAAUCAACAAUAGCGAACACCUUGAUGGGUUAUCUAAAAACUCAUUCAAAAUUCAUUCAUUUUGGGAGCAAUUUUUGAAGUACAGUCUGUGAAGAAUGCUGUGGUACUAUUGAUAAAACUUUAAUGAAUGUUAUUGGCAUUGAAUAUUUAAUAUUUGCAGCACAGUAGCAAAGUUGUAAAAGUUAAAAAAAAAAAUUUAAAAAAAAAUUAUCCAUGAAGAUAAUCAAUCCUGCUUCAUACAUACAUACAUACAUACAUACAUACAUACACACGUUUAUACAUAUGUAAGUGAAAUGACAAAUAAAAUAAAGAAGACUGAGAGAUUCUUACAAAAAAGGAAAGUUUAGUAACCUUUACGUAUUUUCGCCACAAAUGUCCAAAAUCGAAAGUGAAAGCAGCAAAGAAAUGUUUUCUAAUAUGGUCAGAUCUGCAUAGUGAACAUUUUUUUUUUACUCUGUUUAUGUCUGAUGAUGGACUUUUGUGCCUGAAAUAUAUAAAGGUUUGUAAACUGUCCCCCCCUUUUCACAUUCUAAAAAGCUCCCAGUCUUCAUUAUUUCAUUAUUUUAUUUAUUUUACUUCUGUAACACAAUGCUUCUAGCAA